AUGGGCGAUAUUACAUCUGAGUGCAACAUUAAAGUGUUGUGUCGUUUUCGACCUCUCAACCAGGCCGAGAUUUUACGAGGGGAUCUGUUUCUCCCCAAAUUCCAAGGAGACGACACUGUUGCCGUCGGGGGGAGGUCCUAUGUGUUUGAUCGAGUAUUUCCGACCAACACCACCCAGGAACAGGUGUACAACACUUGCGCCAAGCAGAUUGUCAAAGAUGUGCUGGGUGGAUACAAUGGCACUAUCUUCGCAUAUGGACAAACCUCCUCCGGGAAGACUCACACUAUGGAGGGCAAGCUGCAUGAUCCUCACCAGAUGGGCAUCAUUCCUCGCAUCGCUGAGGACAUUUUCAACCACAUCUUUGCCAUGGACGAGAACCUGGAAUUCCAUAUCAAGGUUUCUUACUUUGAAAUCUACAUGGACAAAAUUCGUGACCUUCUGGAUGUGACAAAGACCAACCUGUCUGUCCAUGAGGAUAAGAACAGGGUCCCAUAUGUGAAGGGAUGCACCGAGCGUUUCGUCUCCAGCCCUGAUGAGGUUAUGGAUGUGAUUGAUGAGGGCAAAUCUAACCGCCAUGUUGCUGUGACCAACAUGAACGAGCACAGCUCUCGCAGCCACAGCAUCUUCCUGAUCAACAUCAAGCAGGAGCAUGUGGAGACUGAGCAGAAGUUGUGUGGAAAACUCUACCUGGUGGAUCUGGCUGGCAGUGAAAAGGUCAGUAAGACUGGAGCUGCAGGAGCCGUCCUGGAUGAGGCUAAAAACAUCAACAAGUCUCUUUCUGCUCUGGGAAACGUCAUCUCUGCCUUGGCUGAGGGCACGAAAACUCAUGUGCCGUAUCGUGACAGUAAGAUGACCCGCAUCCUGCAGGACUCCCUUGGUGGUAACUGUCGUACCACCAUGUUCAUCUGCUGCUCUCCCUCCAGCUACAACGAUGCAGAGACCAAGUCGACUCUGAUGUUUGGACAACGUGCCAAGACUAUUAGGAACACCGCCUCCAUCAACCUGGAGCUGACUGCAGAGCAGUGGAAGAAGAAGUUCGAGAAGGAAAAGGAAAAGAACAAGACUCUGAAGGACACCAUCCAGAAGCUGGAGGCUGAGCUCAACCGCUGGAGAAACGGUGAGGACGUGCCUGAGACUGAACGGACCGAGGCGGAGAUUGUGACCCGUUUCGAGACUGUGGAGGAACGCCCCAUUUUGGACAACGACACCUCCUCCAUUGUGGUCCGCAUAUCUGAGGAGGAGCGUCAGAAGUAUGAGGAGGAGAUCCGCAAGCUGUACAAGCAGCUUGAUGACAAGGAUGAUGAGAUCAACCUGCAGUGCCAGUUGGUGGAGAAACUGAAGCAGCAAAUGAUGGAUCAGGACGAGCUCCUGGCCUCGUCCCGUGGCGAUGGAGACAAGGUCCAGGCCGAACUCGGCAGGCUGCAGGUGGAGAGCGACUGCGCCAAGGCUGAGGUGAAGGAGGUACUGCAGGCACUGGAGGAGCUGGCCAUCAACUAUGACCAGAAGAGCCAGGAAGUGGAGGAGAAAGGCCUGCAGAACCAGUUGCUGGCUGACCAGCUGUCCCAGAAAAUGGCCAGUCUGAUGGAGCUGGAGGCAGAGCUGUCUCGUAUGCAGGAAGUGAGUGGUCAGCAGAGGAAGCGUAUUGCUGACGUCCUCAAUGGGCUGAUGAGAGAUCUCAGUGAGUUCAGCACCAUUGUGGGCAACGGAGAGAUCAAGCUGCCGGUGGAGAUCAGUGGUGCGAUCGAGGAGGAGUUCACGGUGGCUCGCCUCUACAUCAGUAAGAUUAAAUCGGAGGUGAAGAGCAUGGUGAAGCGCUGCCGCCAGCUGGAGAACAUGCAGCUGGAGUGCCACCGCAAGAUGGAAGAGACUGGCAGGGAGCUGUCCUCCUGCCAGCUCCUCAUCUCUCAGCAUGAGGCAAAGAUCCGCUCUCUCACCGAGUACAUGCAGAGCGUGGAGCAGAAGAAGAGGCUGCUGGAGGAAAGCCACGACUCCCUGAGCGAAGAGCUGGCCAAGCUGCAAGACCAGGAUAACUCCCUACUUGAGGAGAAGGAAGGCGAGAAGGGUGAGACUGAGGAGGGAAAUAUCAAGAAGAUUCCUCGUCAGCAGGGAGACUCUCACCGUGGCCUCCAUCACCAGCAACUGGCCCGCCUGCGGGAUGAGAUCAAUGAGAAGCAGAGGAUCAUUGACGAACUCACUGAUCGCAACUCCAAGCUGGAGCUGGAGCUGGCUCAGGUUCGUGCUGACUUUGAACGCCUGAAGAGUCAGGACAGCACCAAGAGCGAGCGCCUGGAGGAGCUCUCAUUCCUCCACGAACGCCAUGAGCAGACAAAACAGGACUUGAAGGGUCUGGAGGAGACUGUCGCCCGCGAACUCCAGACCCUCCACAACCUGCGCAAGCUGUUCGUUCAAGACCUCACGUCGCGGGUUAAAAAAAGUUCCGAAAUGGAACCUGAUGAUAGCGGGGGGUCUUGCACCCAGAAGCAGAAGAUUUCCUUUCUUGAGAAUAACCUGGACCAACUUACAAAGGUUCACAAACAGCUGGUUCGUGACAAUGCAGAUCUGCGCUGUGAGCUUCCAAAGCUGGAGAAACGUCUUCGGUCUACUGCUGAGAGAGUUAAGGCCCUGGAGACUGCACUGAGGGAUGCCAAGGAGGGCGCCAUGAUGGACCGCCGCCGCUACCAGCAGGAAGUCGACCGCAUCAAGGAUGCCAUGAGGGCAAAGAACGCAUCGAGGCGUCCACAUGCAGCACAGAUUGCCAAGCCAGUGAGACCGAAGCAACCGCCCGUCUGCUCUCCCACCAACCCAUUCUACUCCUACAUCCGUGCUACUGAACACGCCAACACCUACAGCAACGCCCUCUUCCAGAGCAACGGGACACAGCCGAGCUCCGUCAACUGCAACCCCAACUCUGUCCAGAGCAACACAGUUUCCACAGCACUGGGCUACAGAGCAGGCAGAUAUAAUGGAGACACACUGGAGUCUUACCCACUCAACAUUGACAAUGGUAACAGCAUCAGUGAAACGAGAGACAUCAAUGACAACAGAAGUGAUGUUCACUGUGGCAGUGAGGUGGAUGAUUCAAACAGGCACUACAUCAUUCAGCAGGAGACCGCUGCAAGUUAA